AUGCCCCACGGUCUAUCAGUAGACAAAAGUGGCAAUUUAUGGUUAACCGAUGUUGCCAUGCAUCAAGUAUUCAAAUAUGACACAAGUAAUAUACCCCAAUUAGUGCUAACACUGGGCGAAUCAUUUGUACCGGGAUCGGAUAAAUCACAUUUUUGUAAACCGACGGAUGUUGCUAUUACUAAUGAUGGACAAUUUGUCUACGUUGCUGAUGGCUAUUGUAAUGAGCGAAUUGUUAAAUUUGAUUCAAAUGGAAAAUAUUUAACAGAAUAUAAAAUGCCCGCUAAUCAACGUACGUUGCAUUGUAUCUCUCAAACUAAACAAAGUGUCGUUCACUGUAUAGUACGUAUUUGGUUUUUAGGACAACUACUAGUUCCACACAGUUUAGCGUUAAUCGAAUCAUUAGAUAUUCUUUGUGUGGCUGAUAGAGAAAAUGGAAGGGUUGUUUGCUUCGAUGCUGGUUUAGAUUCACAAUCAAAUGAAGGUCAAGUGCAAUCAAUAAUUCAACAUCAGACAAUGAAAACUGUUUAUGCUAUCACUUAUGAUCAAAACAAUGAACGUUUGUAUGUUGUUAGUGGUGGUAGUUCGGGCAACAAAGCACUAGGAUAUACGUUCAGUGUUGAUCCUGAAUCAUUCGGUUUAUUAUUAACAACAUGGAAACCAGUAGAAAACUUUGGUGAACCACAUGAUGUUGUUGUAAAUAUCAAUAGUCGUCAAGUAUUUGUUGGUGAAAUUCGACCAAAUCGUAUCGAUGUAUUUAAUGUGAUUAAUUAA